AGAGAGGGGCUCCUGCGUCCGGACUGUGCGCUGCGGCCGGACCGGGCUGGCUGGCUGGCUGGCGGCUGGCUGGCUGGCGGGCGGGCGGGCGGAGCCGGGCCCGCGGGGCUGCGGGACGAUCGGGGCGAUCGGGCCGGGCUGCGGGCGGCGCCAUGCCUCUGCUGCAGUGGUGACGGAGGUCUCGGGUGCCCCCUCUCCUGCCUGUCAGGUUCGUGCUGAGUGAGGAUGACUGCCUGUCUGGUAGCAGAGACACUGAAGGGCUCUCGUGUCCAGCCUGGGUUCCAGCCUCGCUGAGCCGUCCCCACCAAGACCUUCCUGCAGAGGGGUCCCCUCCGCUCAAGCGCUAACCAUGUCCAUCAUGGACCACAGCCCCACCACCGGUGUGGUCACGGUCAUCGUCAUCCUCAUCGCCAUCGCUGCCCUGGGGGCCUUGAUCCUGGGCUGCUGGUGCUACCUGCGGCUGCAGCGCAUCAGCCAGUCGGAGGACGAGGAGAGCAUCGUGGGGGAUGGCGAGACCAAGGAGCCCUUCCUGCUGGUGCAGUACUCGGCCAAGGGACCGUGCGUGGAGAGAAAGGCCAAGCUGACCCCCAACGGCCCUGAAGUCCACGGCUGAGCCGGGAUGCGGAGGCUCCUGGGCCUGUCCGCCACCAGCCGAGAGGCGCAGUAGGGACGAAACCACAGACGUGCUGCCAUCUGAGAGGAAGGGUUAGACGCUUGCUGGCAUGGCCUCGCCGGGCUUCGUCAUCGCAUGCACCGACUCCUGGGGUCCCGGCGGCCCUGAGCCAGGGCUCAGUGGCACUGGGCAACCCCUCAGCCUCCUGGUAGGACUGCCCAUUGCAGGCAGUGGGCAGGCCUGACCUUGCUGGGGCUCACGGCCCCACGGCGCUUUUGUUACUUGAAUGUUUAGCUGAGCCUGUUUUCGAUGGAGCUACUACUGUAAUGCGUGAACUCACAAGCCUGUGAACUGUAAAUAGGCCCCAGAAGCACGUGCUUAAGCCUCUUUUGCUGAUUUUUUAAAAAUAUAGAGCACAUGGGACUGUCCGUACUAACGCUGAGUCAAGGCGGGAGGGAGGGUCUUAGACUUGUAAGGCCCACAUUGCACUUGGCAGGGGCCUCAGAUACACGUGUGUAUGUAGAGGACGUGACACGUCGGCUUUAAGUCUCGCAGCUGACCCGUUGGGGUGCUUUGGCGAUUUCUGCUUCGUGAGCAAUGAAUGGGAGCGGCAGCACAUCCCGCCCCCUCCUGCUCUAGGUAGAUGAGGUUGUUAAAUGCCAGUUCCUGUUGCUGGUGGAGUGAUUGCAAGGAAGCUACUGCAGCUGCUUGGGAGCCGGUGAAGGACGAGUCGGGGCACGAGGCCCGAGUCCCGAGGCUGCCAGGUGUCCUAGUGGCAGAGCAGUUUCUGGCCCCCAUGGUCUUGAGCAUGCUGAGCACCCUGCCCCCCACCCAGCUUUACUGAGCACAGGCUUCGCUAGAGACACCAGAGCCGCGGUGGCUACCUGUAUCCCAAAACCCAGUUGGCCCAGGAAGGAGAGAACAUUGUGCUUUUUGUUUGUUGUUGUAUUUAAUAUUUUCCGCACUGGAGGGGGCGGCAGGGGGCGCUUGGUUUCUUCCCCCCGCCCUUUUCACAAAUUCGCUUCCUUUCCUCCCAGAUUCCCACCCACCUGCUGGGUCCUGGAUUUCAUUUUCCUCAGUGGGCCACCUAGAAGGAGGGUCCCCUGACCUUGCUCUAAGAGCGCCAAGUGUCACUUCUUGUGUGCCUCUGCACACAGGAGCCCCCAGCAGCCUGUGCUUAGUGGGCGCCCAGGGGAGGCGGCUGGGGGGAGAGUUGAGUUUCAGGUUCAGGAUUUGGUUUUCACAAAGGUGAGGCGUUUGGUGGCUCUUGGUCAGGCCAGUGAUUCCCACCCCGCCCCUCCGAGAUGUCCCUUGUGUGUACUUCAGUGAACUUGCUUAGGUUUUUAAUCCCACCACUGUAAGCACACCCUAAGCUAUCAUGAUUAAAAUGUGACUUUUGUCUGCA